AUGUCUAUCCAAUCUAUCAUCCUCGCUCUCUUCACUUUCGUCGCUAUGAUCGCGGCUGUGCCCACCAACUUCAACGUCUUCCAGCGCUCGGAUGCCUGUGGCGCCGGCAGCACCGCUCACUGCUGCAACGACGAGACGGCCGAGGCGGUCACCAACCAUGAUGGCCUCAGUCCCGAUGUCGGUGGAAUCAAAAACCUCCUCGGACAGUGCAGCGAUAUCACUGUUGCUGUUAUUGGAGGCGCCGUUCCCAUCAAGAACAUGUGCAAACAGACUGCCGUCUGCUGUGGAGACAUGGAGCAAAAUGGCGUUGUCAACUUCGGCUGCACUCCUAUCAAUGCCAACUAA